UUUACUCGGAAAAUUAUUUUAACAGAAUAGUGUUCUUGGAAACUUUAAAUGAAUUAAAAUUGUUACAUUUCAAGUAAUACUCAGUGUAAUAAGGUUGUCUGGAACAUCAAUUGGUACAAUAAGAUUAAACAGAUGUCGUUACUGAAUUACAUGAAAACGUUUAUAACUGGAUCGUCACAAAAACGUGAUAACAAAUCUACUGUGAUAAGGAGUAAUAAUAAUGAGACUUCUAUUACUUUUGAUCCUCAAAAACCACCUCCUGAAAUUAGUGAGCAAGAUGUUGAAAUUUUGAAAGACUGCUGGAAAAUAGUUCAACAGGAUGUUGCAAAAGUGGGAGUUAUUACGUUUGUAGGUUUGUUUGAGACCCACCCGGAAGUCCACGAGGCUUUCAUGUCAUUCCGAGCAGUAAACACGUCCGAACUCGAAUACAACGCAAUUCUUCGUGCGCAUGCUUUAAGAGUAAUGGGGACAGUGGACAAGUGUAUUUAUAGACUUGACAACAGGGACAAACUACGAGAGCUCAUGACUGAGUUGGGAAUUCGUCACAAGAACUAUUCCGUGAAAAUUGAAUUUAUCGACCUGAUGGGGCCCCAGUUUAUCAGCUCAAUCAAGCCUCAUCUUGAAGCAAUGUGGACCGAAGAACAUGAGAAAGCCUGGGAGAAUUUGUUCAGACUCAUGUGCUACUACAUGAGGAAGGGAAUGUGUAGUAUAUGAUCAACGUGCUACAGUGGAAUGUAAUGGACACUUUGAGAUAUGGGGGAUAUAUAUAUUUAAACGUUUGAUAUCAGUUUACGUAAUGCGUAUGAAUAAUGAAUGGUUCGUUCGGAACUCCAGUCAUAAAAAAAAAUCUGCGUCGGCAAGACUUGUAAUUUUAUCAGUAUUAUUCGAACGAAGGUCCAUGUUUUUUGAAAUCAUAAUUAUAUUGAUUCGCAAUAGAUACAAUGUUAUUUUGUACAUGUAACUGGUAUAUUGAUAAGCAAGAGCUUGACCGAAUAGGAGAUCUGUUUUUGCUAUUAUAAGGUCAAAGAGAAAAUACUGUUAAAAUGUUUAAUUAGUUGACACUACGUAUGCAUGAUUUUGAUCAAUUUUGUUAUGUUAUUAUUAAGUCAAAGAACAAAUAUUGUUUUACAGUUUAUUAAGUUGUACACAAUGUUAAUCUGAAACUAACAAUUUAAUUUCGAAGUAUUCAUAACAUAAACUAGAACUCCGCGAGUCGGAUGUGUCGCCUGACGAAUUAUUUACUGUCGACAUUAUAGCUGUUAGAUUGGCAUUUUAUUCAUUUAUAGACAAUGAUGUUGCCAUUUAACUUUCAAGUGUAGGUGGCAUUUGAACCCUCAAUCAGAUAUACCUACGGAAUAAGUUUGAAACCUCCUAUAGUUUACGAGAUAUGCCACGGACAAAACCUAAGCAAGAAAAUUAACAAAGGGCAAUAACUCUAAAAUAUGGCAGCAAGAGUAACGGUUCUUGUGCACUGCACUUGCCUCAAUGAGAUCUAUCUAGCUAUGAAGUUUCAAGUUGAUACCUCUUAUAUUCUUCAAGAUAUGCCCCAGACAAAACUUUAAGCAUGAAAAUUAACAAAGGGCAAUCACUUUAAAACUAAGAAAGCAAGAGUUACUGUUAUUGUGCACUGCACUUGCCCUCAAUGAGAUAUAUCUAGCUAUGAAGUUUCAAGUUGAUACCUCUUAUAUUCUUCAAGAUAUGCCCCGGACAAAUCUUUAAGCAUGACAAUUAACAAAGGGCAAUAACUUUAAAACUAAGAAAGCAAGAGUUACUGUUAUUGUGCACUGCACUUGCCCUCAAUGAGAUCUGUCUAGCUAUGAAGUUUCAAGUUGAUACCUCUUAUAUUCUUCAAGAUAUGCCCCUGACAAAACUUUAAGCAUGAAAAUUAACAAAGGGCAAUAAUUUCAAAACUAAGAAAGCAAGUGUUACUGUUAUUGUGCACUGCACUUGCCCUCCAUGAGAUCUAUCUACAUAUGAAGUUUCAAGUUGAUAACUCUUAUAUUCUACAAGAUAUGCCCCGGACAAAACUUUAAGCAUGAAAAAUAACAAAGGGCAAAACUCUAAAUAUAUGGAAGCAAGAGUAACAGUUCUUGUGCACUGCACUUGCCCUCAAUUAAAUCUAUGUACAUAUGAAGUUUCAAGUUGAUACCACUAAUAGUUUAGGAGAUAUACCCCGGACAAGCAAAAAUGGGAUGCGGACGCCGCCGCCGCCGCCGCCGACACCGCCGCCGCCGCCGACGCCGCCGACAAAAGUAACCCCUAUAUGUCGUCUUUUCAGGCGACACAAUAAAAGUGAACAUUGCAAAUAUAUUGCAGGUAUAUAUUUCAGUUGAAGUGAAAUGAUUUACAGUAUUGUGUAUAUAGGCUUUACAUUCAUGUUUUAUUUACCCACAUUUUAACGUCGAUUAACAUCUGCAUUGCGUACGCAUAUCCUGAUAUAAUGUACACCAUGUUAAACAGGAUAUCUUGAAUAUCACAAAACUCCAGUUAUGUCGGUUAACCCGUAAUUCAAAAGUGAAAACUAAUAAAUACAAUUCGAAUUCAUGAUGGCUUAUUCCGUCGUUGACGACUCGUUGUGGUAUAAUUAAGUUUUGCAACCAAAUGUGUGAGGACCAAUUUAUUGCGAAAACGUAUAUAAAGUAUUCGAUUGUGUUGCUGUUACUUGCGGACUUUAAUUGAUUUUAAUAUAUCACUCUGACCUAUUUUUGAUAAGGAUUUGAAUGAAAACUGCAUAAUCUUAGAAUUUGUUUGUUUUAUUUCCUGUUUCAAUGACUUGUAAAAUUCAGAAAUGUAUAUAAUUGUAUUGUUCAUAUUGGUUUAUAUUCUCAGGCAAGUGUAAAUAUCAUAUUGUAAUUCUCUUGUUUUGUCUUACUAUAAUAACAACGUUCUAUUUUUGACAAUAUUUCUUUUUCAAAUUUCUCCUUUUAAGAUUUUGCUUAUAUUUUUUAAUAUCUUCUGAUCGCGUGCAUUAUAACAUCAAACACAUUUUGUUCAUGAUUUAUACACUCACAAAAAAUGUACAUUCAAAAUAUGUGUUUCUAGUGUUGAAGAUUUGUGCCUAAUAUUGUUUUAAACGCCGAAAUGAGUAUUAAAU